AGUUUGUCAACCAUUUAACUUAAUUAACUCCUUAUUUUCCCCCUAUUUCUUGACUUCUUCUUUCAGCAACUUUCCCCCAAUCUCGGUUCAUCCUCCCUUUCUCCCCAAAAACCCUAUCCAAAUUCCGGCAACAUGUGCACUCUCCAAAAACGCAACAACCUCUUCAUCCUAACCCUAACCGGAUCCGACCAACACCGUCUCAACCCCACUUUAAUCGCCACCAUCCGCUCACUUCUCUCCGAAGUCAAAUCCCAGUCAACGCCGGGAACCGCCCUAAUCACCGUCGCAGAAGGCAACUUCUUCUCCAACGGCUUCGAUCUCGCUUGGGCAUCCUCCCAAUCCAACGGCUCACCAUCCGAAGCGGUCAACCUCUUACGUCACAUGGUCAAACUCUUCAAACCCUUAGUCGCCGACUUAAUCUCGCUCCCCAUGCCGACAAUCGCCGCCGUCACCGGCCACGCCGCCGCUGCCGGACUGUUGUUAGCCAUGAGUCAUGAUUACGUCAUGAUGAGGCGAGAUCGGGGGGUGUUGUAUAUGAGUGAAGUGGAUUUGGGGAUGACGUUGCCGGAUUAUUUUACGGUGGUGAUGAGGGAGAAGGUUGCGAGGGCGGAGGUCCGGCGAGAUGUGUUGUUGCGUGGGGUGAAGGUUAAGGCGGAUGAGGCGGUGGUUAAGGGGUUGGUUGAUUCGGCGUAUGAUAGUGCGGAGGAGACGGUUGGGGGUGCGGUUAAGUUAGGUGAAGAGUUGGUUAAACGGAAGUGGGACGGUGAGGUUUACGGGGAGAUACGGAAGGCGUUGUAUCCGGAGAUGUGUAAUGUGUUGGGGUUAACGGCGAAAUCGGUUGUGAAAGCUCGGCUUUAGAAGGUUGAAGGGGUGUUAUUGUUACUUUUGUAUGUGUAAGGGUGUUAUUGUUACUUUUUGAAAUUAUAAUCUAAUCCAAUAAAAAACGUUGUUGGGGAAUAUUUGAUGAUGUAUGGUGUUUUCAAGGUGAAAAUUUUGUUUUAUACGGAAGUGUUGCACCUUUUUUUUAGUUGUGGAUAAUAAUAAAAAUAAUUUUCCAUCGUA